AUGGGCAAGGGCGAUCACCGCGAUCUGGAGGCCGCCGCGGCCGCCUUCCCGCCGGCGGGCGCGUACAUGAUCGAGAGCCCGCAGCUGCGGUGGGCCUUCAUCCGCAAGGUGUACGCGCUUGUGGCGAUGCAGCUGAUGGCCACCGUCGCCGUCGCCGCCGCCGUCUACUUCGUGCCGGCGAUCCGCCGGUUCUUCGCCGCCCGCACGCCGGCGGCCAUCGCCGCCUUCGUGGCCAUCAUCGUCGCCCCCAUCAUCCUGGUGCUGCCCAUGGUGUUCCUCCGGAAACGGCACCCCAUCAACCUCGUCCUCCUCGCCCUCUUCACCGUGUCCAUGAGCUUCGCCGUCGGCUUGGGCUGCCUCUCCAGGAAAGGCAUCAUCAUUAUCGAAGCGGCGUCCCUGACACUGGUGGUGGUGGUCGGCCUGACGCUCUACACGUUCUGGGCGGCCAAGAGGGGCCACGACUUCAGCUUCCUCGGGCCCUUCCUGGCCGCGGCGUGCCUCAUCCUCAUGCUCUACUGGCUCGCCCAGAUGCUGCUGCCGAUGGGGAGUGUCGCGACGACGGUGUACGGGUGCGUCGUCGCGCUGGUGUUCUCCGGCUUCAUCAUCUACGACACCGACAACCUGAUCAAGCGGCACGCCUACGACGAGUACGUCAUGGCGGCCAUCUCCCUGUACCUCGACACCGUCAACAUCUUCAUGGCCAUCGUCAGCUGCCUGAGCUCUUCGGAUCCCUAGAACAUUGUACGCGUACGGAUCAGCUGCCGUGCUAAACCUCUGGAGCUUCCGUAGUCUGUAGGAUUGCAAUGUCUUAGUCUAAUGUAUCUUGACUAGAACAGAAAA